AUGUCUGUCAAGAGGAAUAAGAAAGUCAGUGUGGCCUGUGUACACUGUGCCAAAUCCCACGUUACUUGUGAUGACAACCGUCCAUGUACUAGGUGUAUACGGAAGGGAUUGGAGGAAUCUUGCAUAGAUGCACCAAGGAAAAAAGUCAAGUACCUGCGCGAUGUGCCAGAAGAUCAACUUCCUUCUGUCUUAAGGUCUACUAAACAGGUACCGCCUGUAAAUGCUGUUAAGCUGAAAAUGGAACCUGGCAUUCUGCCGAACAUACCAUUAGAUUAUGAUGGUGGUACAAUCCGACAGUCUGCUCCUGCCAAUAACGGUAAGAAUAAUCCGGAGACGCAACAAACUCUGAGCAACGGUCAGAUCACUCACAGGCCCAAAUUUUUGUCUAGUGCAGCAGAUUUGGAAUACUCUAUUCUAUCUGAUAUCAUUCAUGGGGACUCUUUGUUUAAUAAGAUUCCUGUCAAUUUUCUGUAUUCUAAUCCUACAGAGAAGACACCAAGCCCGAUUAACCAAGGAUCUCUGAACGGUCAGCAAGAUCUGCAUUUUUCAUUACAGCUGCGAUCCAAACCUAUGAAUCAGAUAAGGGGAAAUACAAGAGCAAUAUAUUCUAAUCUUUUAGGACCUGUUUCGCAUGAGAUUUUACAGUCGGAAUUUAAUCUCUAUACCAAUCAUUUCCCGUUACAACCUCAAGAAAGUUUAGAUGGCACGCUCGAUUUCAAGCGGAUGACUAUUGGGACUUUGUCCCCACAUCUGACGAAAUUUGACAAAACUAUAAACCAGUACUACUUGAAUUUUGCUAAUACUUUUCCAGAGAUAUACGAUUCAAGAAAGAUACCUAAUCUUUCAUACGCACUCGAAGUGGAACCACCAGAAUACAGAGAGAUACCGCACGAUACCGAGAUCCCGCAUACUUUGAGGUUCACUACACCAUCAGAAAUAUAUUCGUUGGUUCAAACAGCGUUUCCAAGUACUACUGGUUUCCAUGCAUUGCUUCGAUAUCUCAAAAGAAGAUUUGACAAAAAUCAAUUGGUGGAAAUGUGUCGCUGCUUAGCUGAGUUACGACCAAUUUUCAUUGCCAGUACUAUCGACCUCACCGAUGAAGAUAUGAUAUUUAUGGAAAAGAGCCAUCAGAGAACUUUAUUAGAGUAUGAGAAAUUCAUCUCUCAGGUUGGUACCCCAACUUGUGUAUGGAGACGUAACGGACAGAUCAGUUAUGUGAAUGACGAGUUUUCUCUAUUGACUGGCUGGAAUCGUCUAGAACUACUCAACAAAAUGACCUUCAUAGUCGAAUUGAUGGAUGGUGAUACGGUAAUGGAGUACUUCCAAACGUUCACUAGGGUUGCAUAUCAGGGGUUCAGAGGUGCUGAAACUAUGCGAAUUUGUAAUCUAUUAACCCCGAUCAAGGGAAGCGUUAUUAAAUGUUGUUGUCUAUGGACGCUAAAAAGAGACGCCUUUGGUUUACCUAUGAUGAUAAUAGGGAACUUCAUGCCAAUUCUCACCCUACCAGAAGACGUUGGGUUUUGA